AUGCCACCCUUCCUCCCCCGCAAGCGCAUAUCCUCCGAGGACCCGCCCCCGGCCAAGCGCCAGGCCCGGCCCGAUAGUCUUCAAGCUCCCCCUCCCCAAGCUCCGUUUCACCUCUCUGACUCCGACUCUGAUUCCAACUCAUCUUUGAGCGACGCACCUGAAGGUCUUCUCAACAAGGAGAAUGAGAAAUCUGAAGAUGAAGAGGAGGAUGUCGACUGGGAGGAUGCGAUAGACACAAAGACCAGUGUCAUCACACCUACUGUCGCAGCCCUAGAGCUACAGGACCUAGAAUUGACACUGGAUCAAAAUGAGACACACGUGUCUGAUCUUCUGGAUGGUAAGAAAGGGCCUAGUAAGAUCGAACGCCAAAUUCGGAUCCAGACACACUGUAUGCAUGUCCAAUGCUUGCUUUUCCACAACGCUAUCCGCAAUGCCUGGAGCAACGAUUCCAAGGUCCAUGAGAUCCUGCGCAACAAGCUACCGGAAGGGAUCCACAAGGAAGUCAAGAAAUGGCGCAUAGCAUCGGGUCUAGAACUCCCAGAAUCAAAACCCGAACCGCCUAAGAGUAAGAAGAAGGGCAAAAAGGCCCGGAAAAAUAAAGACUGGAAUGCUGAGUCAGAGCGACUGGAACCAGGCCAGCCAGACAUGAGCCGUGGUGAUCCAAUCAUUACAUUGAUCAAGGUGCUGGUCGCAUACUGGAGAAAGCAAUUCCACAUAACGGCGCCAGGACUGCGAAAGUAUGGAUACCGACCAGUAUCUGCUCUCGAGGCUGCAAUCACCGACUUUCGCGACGAAGAACAUGAUCCAGAGCGCCAUGGUGAGCGUAUCGCCAACCUCGACGAGUUCCGCAAGACCGCCGAGCGUUUGCAGGGCUCACGGGAUGUUGGCGCACAGCUUUUCACGGCUCUUGUCCGUGCUCUAGGCAUUGAGGCCAGACUCGUGGGUAGCCUACAGCCGUUGGGCUUCGGCUGGACCAAGGGAGAGACCUACACACCUUCCAAGCUAGAUAAGGAUUUCGACAGUAAAGGGGACUCGGAAGAAUCCGAGACUGAAACUGAUGCAACUGAAAGUAAAUUACCAGCGAACAAAAAGCAAAAACCGUUUGACAAGGAUCUGCCAUUCCCUAUCUACUGGACCGAAGUUGCCUCCCCCGUUACGAAUCAGAUCAUAUCUGUUGACCCGCUUGUACUUUCUAACCCCGUGGCGCCAUUUGCAGAUACAGAUUUACAAGCAAACUUCGAGCCUCGUGGUGCAAAAGCAGACAGAGCGAAACAAGUCAUAUGCUAUGUUGUCGCCCACUCUUCAGAUGGUACUGCUAAAGAGGUUACAACAAGAUACCUUCGACGACGGACUUGGCCCGGGAAAACGAAGGGCUUCCGAAUGCCUCUGGAAAAAGUACCCGUAGGUCCACGCGGGCACGACAUCGCUUUCGACUGGUUCGGGAUGGUAAUGCGUGGGUACCAACGAGCCCACAAGAGUAAAACAGCCGUCGACAAGCUAGAAGAAAGCCGAGAUCUGCAACCACACCAACCCGAAAAGAAGAAAAUAACCCAAACCGUCGACACUCUCCAAAGCCUCCGAACCUCCCCCGAAUUCGUCCUAGAACGCUUCCUCCGCCGCGAAGAAGCCCUCCGUCCCGGUGCCGAACCCGUUCGAACCUUCAUCGCUGGGAAAGGCGCCCGGGCUAAAGAAGAACCCGUCUUCCUGCGAGCAGAUGUGCUAAAGUGCCUUUCCGCCGAAAGCUGGCACAAAGAAGGCCGCCAGACGAAACCGGGCGCGGUAGCCCUCAAGCGUGUGCCCAUCCGCGCCGUGACACUCACACGGAAACGCGAAGUCGACGAACUACACCGCCAGACCGGCGAAAAACCACUUCAGGGGUUGUACUCGCGCGACCAGACGGAGUUUAUCAUCCCGCCGCCUAUUCAGGAUGGCCGCAUCCCCAAGAACGAAUAUGGCAAUAUCGAUUGUUUCGUGCCCAGCAUGGUCCCCGUGGGUGCAGCGCAUGUUCCCUUACCUGGUACCGUGCGGGUGUGUAAGAAGCUCGGCAUUGACUAUGCGGAGGCAGUGACGGGGUUUGAGUUUGGGUCGAAGAUGGCUGUGCCGGUUAUUCAGGGGGUUGUUGUUGCAGCUGAGCAUGAGGAUUUACUUAGGGAUGCUUGGAAGGUUGAGGCCGCGGAGAAGCAGAAGAAGGAGGAGCUUAAGGCCGAGAAGAAGAUUCUGCAGACGUGGAGGAAGUUUUUGUUUGGGCUACGGAUUAUGGAGCGGGUGAGGGAUGAGUAUGGAGGAGGCGGGGAGGAUCCAGCUGCCGACUGGGAGCGCGAUUCGCAUAAUCCUUUCGCCGUGCAGAAGAAGAAACCAGAAGGGAGAUCGGAUGAUGGUCUUGAUGAAGAACCUCUUGGUCGGGACUCGUCAUAUAACGUGAUCGAUCAUGGCGGUGGCUUUCUUCUUCCUGGCCAGGAAGAUGAUGCGGACGAUGGGUUGAUUGUCGAGCACCAUGAUCAGCAGCGGAGUCAUGCGGGUCCGUCUCACACUGAUGCUGAUCUCCCCGAUGAUAACGAGCCAUUUGAAUCUGAAUCUCCUGCCGUGGACUCCCCGCCUGUGUCUAUCUCCUCAGGCUCAGAUGACGAGGUGGAUAAUGGCCAGGGCGAAGACUCACAACCUGAAUCUGUACCUCGCCCGAUGCGACGAACGCGAGGCAGAGGCAGAGGCCGUUGA